CUCACCAGACAAGUAUCACUGCAGAGAGAGACAAGCGGUCGCUCUCGGUAGGGCUAUUGAAGAACUCCGGUUUCGUGCUAUUAUGGACUGGAAUUGAUGACAAAAAUUAUCUCUAAAUGAGGCACGCCACGUGUAUGUGCCUGUUUUUUGAACAGCAUUAUAUGGAAUCGAUUCUAUCGGAAGAUUUAACCCUGUGUGAGCAGUUCUGGAAUAUAUAUUUUUUGUUGCGCUGAAAGGUUGAAUCUUUGUUUUCUAUUCCUUUUACGGCGUCAGUGGCAGUGCCGGGAUUUUGUGUAAUUGGUCCGGCUUUAGAUGUAUCAAUUUAAAACAUUCGGGGUGAUAGGGUUUUGAUUCAUAGGUAGGCUGCUAGCAGCAAGUGGUGCUAGUGUCAUGUUUCUUAGGUAGGGCCCGGAUGUUCCGAGGAUGCACUGGUUUGUCUUCUUAGGUGGUUCUAGCGAAUGUCUAUUUCUGUGUUUCAGCUCCAGAAUGGGGAUCAGGUAAUAUUUACUAAACCGCAAAAAAAAAGGAAUACCGAAAGCUCUCCGGGCAUUAUUCUUUUUCUUUUUUUUCUUUUCCUCCUCUUUGGUUGUUUUUUCCCCGCUACCCCUCCUCUUCACAACCUUUUUUCUCCAUUCACCUACGGAUAAAGCUGGACCACAUUUAUGGUAAAUGAAAGCAAAAACAUGUACAUACCGGAGGACACCCUGGACAACCAUCAAGGCUCCGACUACCCCCCCCCACCGUUGCCGGCGCCGGCUCCCAGCCUGAAUGAUACCAGCGCGGUGGUCGGGGGAGGCGGUGCUGCCGGCGUCACUGCCCUGGACACGGUGGUCGGCGGGGCGGUGGUCGGGCUCGCGGCCGAGCACAUCCCCAGCGGCCCGGGGGCGGCCCUGACCUGGCAGGCGGCGAUAGAGGCGGCGCGCCAGGCCAAGCAGAUGGGCAACGCCGGCGCGCCCAUCUCCACGGCAAGCUCCACGCAGAGGAAGAGGCAGCACUACACCACCAAGCCCAAGAAGCCGACCAGCACGGCCGCCACCAGGCCUCCUAGGGCCCUGCUCUGCCUGACGCUCAAGAAUCCCAUCCGGAGGGCCUGCAUCAGUAUCGUGGAGUGGAAACCAUUUGAAAUAAUCAUUUUGAUGACUAUUUUUGCUAACUGCGUGGCCUUAGCUGUCUACAUCCCCUUCCCAGAGGAUGACUCCAAUGCCACCAACUCAAACCUGGAGCGAGUGGAGUAUCUGUUCCUCAUCAUCUUCACGGUAGAAGCCUUUCUGAAGGUAAUAGCGUAUGGACUGCUCUUCCAUCCCAACGCUUACCUGAGGAAUGGAUGGAACUUGCUGGAUUUCAUCAUCGUGGUUGUGGGGCUCUUCAGCGCUAUAUUGGAGCAGGCCACCAAAGUAGAUGGAGGUACACCCAUUGGAGGGAAGGCGGCGGGCUUUGACGUAAAGGCUCUCCGGGCAUUCAGGGUGCUCAGGCCACUCAGACUGGUGUCCGGAGUACCCAGCCUUCAGGUGGUGCUGAACUCCAUCAUCAAGGCCAUGGUACCACUGCUCCACAUCGCCCUGCUGGUUCUCUUCGUCAUCAUCAUCUAUGCCAUCAUCGGCCUGGAGCUGUUCAUGGGCAAGAUGCACCGUACCUGCUUCUUCUACAGAGAGGGGUACCCCUACCACAGGGGUCCCAUGGUGGAGGAGAAACCCGCGCCCUGCGCUCCGAACGGGGCCCAUGGCCGUCACUGCACCCAGAACUCGACGCAGUGCAUGAUGGGUUGGGAGGGGCCCAACGACGGCAUCACGAACUUCGACAACUUUGCCUUCGCCAUGCUGACGGUGUUCCAGUGUAUCACCAUGGAGGGCUGGACAGACGUUCUCUACUGGAUGCAAGACGCUAUGGGCUAUGAACUUCCCUGGGCCUAUUUUGUCAGUCUCGUCAUCUUUGGAUCCUUUUUCGUUCUAAAUCUGGUUCUGGGGGUGUUGAGCGGAGAGUUUUCUAAGGAGAGAGAGAAGGCCAAGGCCCGCGGAGACUUCCAGAAGCUGAGGGAGAAGCAGCAGCUGGAGGAGGACCUGAAGGGCUACCUGGACUGGAUCACCCAGGCCGAGGACAUCGACCCGGAGAACGAGGACGAAGGCCUCGAUGACGACAAGCCCAGAAACCGACUGACCUUGGCCGACUUGCUCGACAAGAAGAAGGGGAAGUUUGCUUGGUUUAGUCACUCCAGUGAGACACAUGUGAGCAUGCCGGCCAGUGAGAACGAGUCCGUGAAUACAGACAAUGUGCCUGCUGGAGAUAUGGGUGGAGAGACGUGCUGCACCCGAUUAGCAAAUAGAAUCUCCAAAUCCAAGUUCAGCCGGUACUCGCGGCGGUGGAACCGGCUGUGUCGCCGUAAGUGCAGAGCGGGGGUGAAGUCCAACGUGUUCUACUGGCUGGUCAUCUUCCUGGUCUUCCUCAACACCCUGACGAUCGCGUCAGAACAUCACAAACAGCCUCAGUGGCUCACGGACACCCAAGACAUAGCCAACAAGGUCUUGCUGGCCCUGUUCACGGGGGAGAUGCUGUUAAAGAUGUACAGCCUGGGCCUGCAAGCCUACUUCGUGUCCUUGUUCAACCGUUUCGACAGCUUCGUGGUGUGUGGCGGCAUCCUGGAGACCAUCCUGGUGGAGACCAAGAUCAUGUCCCCGCUCGGCAUCUCCGUCCUCCGCUGCGUGCGUCUGCUGCGCAUCUUCAAGAUCACAAGGUACUGGAACUCCCUCAGCAACCUGGUGGCGUCGUUGCUCAACUCCGUUCGCUCAAUCGCCUCCCUGUUGCUGCUGCUCUUCCUCUUCAUCAUCAUCUUCAGCCUGCUCGGCAUGCAGCUCUUCGGAGGCAAGUUCAACUUUGAUGAGACGCGGCGGUCAACCUUCGAUAACUUUCCCCAGUCACUUCUCACCGUGUUUCAGAUCCUGACGGGUGAGGACUGGAACUCUGUGAUGUAUGAUGGUAUCAUGGCGUACGGAGGACCCUCCUUCCCAGGGAUGUUGGUCUGCAUCUACUUCAUCAUCCUCUUCAUCUGUGGAAACUACAUUCUCCUAAAUGUCUUCUUGGCCAUUGCCGUGGACAACCUGGCUGAUGCUGAGAGCCUAACCUCUGCCCAGAAGGAGGAAGAGGAGGAGAAGGAGAGGAAGAAGCUUGCACGAACGGCUAGCCCAGAGAAACGACAUGACAACGAAAAGCCUCCCAUGAUCGAGGUAAAGGAGAAAAAAGAGGAGAAGAUUGAACUGAAGUCCAUCACCUCCGAUGGAGAGACCACCAACGCCACCAAGAUUAACAUUGACGAGUACCAAGUGGACGAGAAUGAAGAAAAGAACCCGUAUCCAGCCAAUGAUUUUCCAGGUACCACAGUACCGGUGUUGAAAAGGGAGGAGGACGAGGAGGAGCCUGAGAUGCCGGUGGGUCCCCGGCCACGCCCCCUGUCAGACAUCCAGCUGAAGGAGAAGGCUGUGCCCAUGCCGGAGGCCCGGGCGUUCUUCAUCUUCAGCAACACCAAUAAAUUCAGGGUUCUGUGCCAUAAGAUCGUCAACCACAACAUCUUCACCAACCUCAUCCUAUUCUUCAUCCUCUUGAGCAGCAUCUCUUUGGCUGCAGAGGACCCUGUCAAGAACAACUCCCCUAGGAACCAGAUCCUGGGCUAUGCAGACUACGUCUUCACAGGCCUCUUCACCAUAGAGAUCAUUCUAAAGAUGACAGCGUAUGGGGCGUUCAUACAUAAGGGCUCGUUCUGUCGGAACUACUUCAACAUCCUGGACCUGGUGGUUGUCAGCGUGUCGCUCAUCUCUUCAGGAAUCCAGUCCAGUGCCAUUAACGUGGUGAAGAUUCUCCGGGUUCUCAGGGUGCUGAGGCCUCUGAGGGCCAUUAACCGGGCCAAGGGCCUCAAACACGUGGUCCAGUGUGUGUUUGUGGCCAUCCGAACCAUCGGAAACAUUGUGAUCGUCACCUCCCUUCUGCAGUUCAUGUUCGCCUGCAUCGGAGUGCAGCUCUUCAAGGGAAAGUUCUCCUACUGCUCUGACAGUUCCAAGUCUACAGAGCCCGAGUGCAGGGGUUCCUACAUAAUGUACAAGGAUGGUGACGUGGGGAAGCCUCAGAGAUCUUUGCGGGCCUGGGAGAACAGCGACUUCAACUUCGACGACGUUCUCCAAGGGAUGAUGGCUCUGUUCGCUGUGUCCACCUUUGAAGGAUGGCCAGCGCUGCUGUACCGGGCUAUAGACUCCCACUCGGAAGACCUUGGCCCCGUCUACAACUACAGAGUGGUGGUGUCCAUCUUCUUCAUAAUCUACAUCAUCAUCAUCGCCUUCUUCAUGAUGAACAUCUUCGUCGGUUUCGUCAUUGUCACUUUUCAGGAGCAAGGAGAGCAGGAGUACAAGAACUGUGAGCUGGACAAGAACCAGCGUCAGUGUGUGGAGUACGCCCUGAAGGCCCGUCCGUUAAGGAGAUACAUCCCUAAGAACCAGUACCAGUACAAGGUGUGGUACGUAGUCAACUCCACCUACUUCGAGUACCUGAUGUUCACACUCAUCCUGCUCAACACCAUCUGUCUGGCUAUGCAGCACCAUGGCCAGACCAAGUCAUUUAACGAUGCCAUGAAUAUCCUCAACAUGCUCUUCACCGGUCUUUUCACUGUCGAGAUGAUCCUCAAACUCAUCGCCUUUAAACCUCGGGGUUACUUUAGUGAUCCUUGGAAUGUUUUUGACUUCCUCAUCGUAAUUGGCAGCAUAAUAGACGUCAUUCUGAGUGAGAUCAACCCAGCUGACCCUGCCAGCAACUCCUCCCAAACCUCCUCGGUAAGGACAAUGGGACUACAGAACUCAGAAGACAACGCCCGGAUCUCAAUCACGUUCUUCCGUCUCUUCCGAGUGAUGCGGCUGGUCAAACUGCUGUCCCGGGGAGAAGGCAUCAGAACCCUGCUCUGGACAUUCAUCAAGUCUUUUCAGGCCCUCCCCUAUGUAGCUCUACUUAUAGUCAUGCUGUUCUUCAUCUAUGCUGUCAUCGGGAUGCAGAUGUUCGGUAAAAUAGCCCUGAGGGACAACAGUCAGAUCAACAGAAACAACAACUUCCAGACCUUUCCUCAGGCCACGUUGCUUCUCUUCAGGUGUGCCACUGGCGAAGCGUGGCAAGAGAUCAUGCUGGCGUGCGCCCCCAAUCAAACCUGUGAGAAGGGCUCUGAGGGAGCCAGCGAUGACCAGUGUGGGAGUCACUUCGCCAUCUUCUACUUCGUCAGCUUCUACAUGCUCUGUGCCUUCCUGAUUAUCAAUCUGUUUGUGGCUGUGAUCAUGGAUAACUUUGACUACCUGACCAGAGACUGGUCCAUCCUGGGACCGCAUCACCUGGACGAGUUCAAGAGGAUCUGGGCCGAAUACGACCCGGAGGCCAAGGGUCGUAUCAAGCACCUGGACGUGGUGACUCUGCUGAGGAGGAUCCAGCCGCCGCUUGGCUUCGGGAAGCUCUGUCCCCAUCGGGUUGCCUGUAAACGCCUGGUGUCCAUGAACAUGCCCCUGAACAGCGAUGGCACGGUCAUGUUCAACGCCACUCUGUUUGCCCUGGUGCGAACUGCCCUGAGGAUCAAAACUGAUGGUAACCUGGAGCAGGCAAACGAGGAGCUUCGUGCAAUAGUGAAGAAGAUCUGGAAAAGGACCAGCAUGAAGCUUCUCGAUCAGGUUGUGCCCCCUGCUGGUGACGAUGAGGUGACUGUUGGGAAGUUCUACGCCACGUUCCUAAUCCAGGAGUACUUCAGGAAAUUUAAGAAGCGUAAGGAACAAGGACUAGUGGCCAAAGUACCUCCCAAGACUGCUCUCUCCCUGCAGGCGGGCCUACGGACACUCCAUGACAUGGGUCCUGAGAUCCGAAGGGCGAUAUCAGGCGACCUGACGGUGGAGGAGGACCUGGACAAGUCUAUUAAAGAGCCGGUCUCUGCUGCCUCGGAAGACGAUAUCUUUAGGAGAGCGGGAGGGUUGUUCGGGAACCACGUCAGUUACUAUAACGACGGGCACGAAGACGGACGGAGCACCUUCCCCCAGUCCUUCACCACCCAGCGGCCGCUCCACAUCAGCCAGACCGGCAGCCCAGGGGAAGGGGGGUCGCCGUCCCGCCAGAAGCUAAUGGACUCCACCACCUUCACGCCGAGCUCCUACUCGUCGUCGGGCUCCAACGCCAACGUCAACAACGCCAACAACACCGGGAUCCCGGGACUGGUGGUCGGCCCGGGGGGCGUCAGUCGCUUCCCCAGCCCCAGUAUCAGUACGGUCGACGGGCUGAGCAGACCACCGCUCACCCCAAUACUACUGCCAAGGCCCGCUUGGUGCUUCCCUCCCAAGAGGACGUGUCUCUAUGACUCCCUCAUCCGCUCGGACUCCACUGACAGCCGUAUGCCAAUCAUCAGGCGAGAGGAGGCAAUGGCAGAGGCGACGUACGACGAAAGUUAUGUCGACGACAGAGAGUAUCACCACAGCAACCAGGAUAUACUCACCUCAGACAUGCUGGUAUACCAGGAUGAGGAGAACAAGCAGUUGGCUCCUAUGGAGGAAGGAGAGGACGUGGAUGAGAGGAGACACUGGCAGUCUCCCAGAAGAGCCUUCCUCUGCCCCACAGCACUGGGUAAGACCUGCCUGCCUAAAGCACUGGGUCGGAGGUCGUCCUUCCACCUGGAGUGUCUGAGGAGACAGACCGGAGCAGAGGUCACCCAGAAGACAGUAUUACCUCUACACUUGGUCCACCAUCAGGCCCUAGCUGUAGCAGGCCUGAGCCCGCUGCUUCGACGGAGCCACUCCCCGACGCUCUUCGCGCGGCUCUGCUCCACGCCGCCCACCAGCCCCACUGGCCGAGGCGGCCAGGCGUCCUACCAGCGUGUGCCGUCACUGCGCCUGGAGGGCACGGGUCCAGCCACCGGCUCCUACGAGCUCAACUCCAGCCUGCCCUCGGUCAACUGCGGGUCGUGGCACAGCGACAGCAACGGGAACAGCCCGGGCACCGGCCACAGGGCGGGAACGGCAAGUCACAGGGCGCCGCGGCCCGUUUCCCUCACGGUGCCGAGCUCUGUGCACCUGGACACGGCGUCGUUGUCCCACGGCAGCGCCGGGAGUUUGGUGGAAGCGGUGCUGAUAUCGGAGGGCCUGGGUCGUUUUGCCCAAGACCCCUCUAUUAUUGAGGUGACCAAGCAGGAACUGGCAGACGCGUGCGAUAUGACCAUCGAGGAGAUGGAGAACGCCGCCGACAACAUACUCAACGGCAACAGCCAGCCCAGCCCCAACGGGAACCUUGUUCCCUACAUACACUGCAACAGGGACCGUGCCGCUAGCCUGGAGGCCGGCCUCGACGAGAGGCCCGGGGCCCUCCUGGAGGGGAUCCAGGAGCUGCUCGGGGCCACUCACCUGGGGCAGCACGGGGAUCCGGAGGACGAGGAGGGGCUGGAGGUGGUGGAGGUGGAGCACAUUGGGGAGGAGGAGGUGAUAGGGGCGGUGGGGCGGAGGAACAGCAGCCUGAUGGAGGAUGAGGACAUGGAGUGUGUGACCAGUUUGUAGGGGUAGACCCUUCACACACAGACACACACACAUCCGCUGAGGACCUCUGUCUGGGCCCUCUCUCUCUGUCCGAUCCGCCGGAUGAGACCUGACAUUGGCGGCCCACGGCGCCGGACGAUUAGAUUCAGACAUAUUUAUUUUGUUUUAUGGAAUCCGUUUUUUUAUUUUUGUUUUAAUUUUGGGAUUAAUAGUUUUCCUGUGAGUGCGUGUGACUGAAUGUGUGUGUGUGGGUGUGUGAUUGUUUAUGCGUGUCUCUGGUUGUUUCAAAAGUGCCUCUCAGUUAUCCGGUCCUGGUUAAGGAGGAGUAUGGAAGAUGAACUGAAAAUGACAGCAGUCACAGAAACAGAGAAGGUAAAAGAAAGUGUCGUUUUUGGACUGGAUGUGCCGUUUCUUUCUUUUUUUCCUUUCACUUUGUUCUUCAAGUGCGUCAGUGUCGUCGCCGUGGUCGCCCGGCAUUCUGGGACAGUAAAGUCUGCCCUGUGGGGUUAGAGGCCAUGCUGAGGUCAGGCUCUGAAGGGCUCUAAAGUUAAGGGUCAAAGAUCAGGGGUCGUCAGACAACCUCCUCACAGGGAGCAGCGGGGGCGAGGAAACCCUUUUUAUUGUAUUUUUCCUCUUCCUCCUCGUGGGGUUAGAGUUCGUGCUGAGGUCAGUCCCUCCCUCCUCGUGCCGCGUGCUGUCCCCUUCAGAGCUGGGCUUAGCGGCCAACCAACCAAACCCAGGGAACCCUUGGAAGAGGGAACUGCCAGCCGUGGGGGGGUGUGUUUUAGGAACGGACCCUCGGCCAGGAUAUCAAAACGGACAUUAAACACUGACACUAGACCGUGAGGAGGAGGCGGCGUCGGCAACAGGGUACAGAUCAGAGAGACGCUAACAUCCAGGAUCAUCUCCGUCAUGCUCAGCUGUCGUGCCGUACCCCAGAAGCCCAUGCCCUCCUUCUCUCCACCCCAUAUCCCUCCUUAUGUCCCCCCCCACCCCCCCCCCCGCUCACCUUCCCCCUGUCAUUAUGCCGCCACUUCCUCAUCAUACGCUGCCGGCCACUUCCUGUUCUGAACGGUGACUGCUGUGUGUCCCGACAGGAAACAGGAAGUGACUAACGGUAAACAGGGACGGCGUCACCUAGUUGCCGUGGUUACCUCGAUCUCCCUUUCUCCGUUUUUCUCACCCUCUGUUCUGGCAUCAAGUCUGCAUCGUUUUUGGUUGGUGUCGUUUAUCUGUUAUGGUUUAAACCUCCGUCACUGGUCCGUUCAUCCCUCCAUCCUGACUGUAUCAGGCUUUCAGGGAGGAGCGUGGGGGGAGGAGCAUCAGGGGAAAGGAUUAGGUAAGGAGGAGGAGUCACUGCGCAAGCCAGUCUCAGCUAUUGGCUGUCUUAUCUGUGCUUCGUCACCCCUCGUCCAAUAGGGGCUAGUUGUUGGGCAGAACCGUCUCCGCGGAACCAAUCAGAAUCCCAUUCACUUCAUGUAUUUCACGCAGUGCAGUGUUGUGCAAAAUACUUUUUUCUUUUCCGUUGAUGUUAUGUAUUCUUAUUUUGCACAAAGCUGGUCCUGACUACCUGUUUUUGGCUUGAUUUAUUUUUUUAGGAGAUUUUAAGAAAUUAAGAAGUAUUGAAAAACCUGUGUGUGUAUGUGUGUGUGUGUGUGUAUGUGUGUGUGUGUAUAUGUAUGUGUGUGUGUGUGUAUAUGUAUGUGUGAGUGUGUGUGUGUGUGUGUGUGUGUGAGAGAGAGCGGGUGAAGCACAGGACGUAGUUACGUGUUUCUAUCAGUAUGCACCUUUUAAACAGAUUGUAUUUAUUUAUUUAUUUAUUUUGUCCCUGAGGUGAAAGCUAUAUCUGGAGGUCAGGGUGAAAUAUGCGUCGUUGUUUCUUAAUAGCAACAUUAUGCCUAAACAGUUAAAUUAAGGUAGCAUUAAUUAAGUACGGUGUCAUGUGGGACUUCUAUCUGUCACCCUACAAUACCACCUCAACACAAAAACAUCAUUUUGACAGGCAUGCUUCCAAAGUUUCCUCCUAAUGCUGCUUUUUUAUGGUUGAUUGUUGUUCUAAACAGCGAACUACUGAGCUUUUUAUCAGAACUCAAGGAGCAAAUCACAGAACAGGAUCAGAGACCAAUCAGAGAACAAGAAAGGACGGACCAGAGAUGAGACGAUGGCUCUGUGACAUUUGACUUUGGAGCCGUAACAUUUGAGUUACACCUGGGUUUUGCCAAAACAAAAUGUCCUUGUCUCCUCCCUCCUCUCUGCAUCCUCUUUGGCCUCCUUUUGAAAAAUAUGAAAGGUAAUCGAGGAAAGGAAGCCAAGAGAGUGAACAUAACGCCUCUUUUCACAUCUUCUCCACUUGUGCGCCAUAAAGCAAUUAGGUGGUGGACCCAAAAUAAAUGUGUAAAGGGAUCAAUUGUUAGUUUAGCAAGACAUUUUUAUUGAUAAAAACAAUAAGUAGCUUAUUGUUUUUUAAUACCUGCAUUAUAUUCCCUUUGGAAGAAACAAAAGCUGAGACAUCAGGGUUGUGGCAGAUUUCACAACACUUCAGCGAUUGGGCACGCAGUUGUUUGGGGCCACGAGAGGACGGAUGAUUAAUAAUUUAGUAUGAAUAUUUAGGAUUGAAAAUGCACCUAUAUCACCAUGAAGGUAAAACCCAUUUAGGCACAUAAGAGAUUCACUAGGGAGUUAAUCUCUAGACCAAAACAGUAUUUCUGGCCAAUUUUGUCUAGUUAACAAAUUCACUGUUCCAUCAUUUGGUCAUUCUGGUAGGCCUAUAAGAUGAAUAUGAUGUAGCUCCAUUGUCGUGUCAAUUGUAUCAACACCCAGUAACUCGCAGACUGAAGCCCAACGUAACUCGAAGAUCUGAGGGAAAAUAUGUCCGGCCAGUCUGAGACAUUAUGGUAGUAAUCUUUAAGGUAAACACUUUUUAUUGUAGUUCACAGGGCUAAAUACAUUAUUAUUAAACAUCUAUGUCUCUGCUUUGUGGGGGCAUUGACUGUAUGCAUGCACACAGCCUCAGAGUAACGGAAUUACUUAUUAUUAAUUAUCUAAUUAUGCAAAUAUGGUGUUCAAAGUGUUCAAGUUUUAAUGUCAAUGAUAAUGUUGUGUGAUCAAUCUAUCCUGAUGAUAUGGUCUGAUGCUCUGUGGCACAGCAGAGACUGUCUGGGAUAAACUGCGUCAUCUGUACAGUGCAAAUGACUUUAGCUUAAAAUAUUUACAAAAUAUAUAUUUUAACGCUAUUCUGCCGUCCAAAAUCAUUGUUUUUCUUUUUAUUUAGUUCUCCGCCUCUCGGGUUUGAACAUAUGCCAAGAUUGGGGAGGAGGUUGGGAUGCCGCUGUAGUGAAGUAUGUUGAUAAUGAUAGUUCUUAUACUUUUAAAAGUCCCCGAGAUGCUGUUAGUUGCAAUACUAUUGAUAUCUACAAUAGUCCUUUUUUUUGGGCCCUUUGAAAAAUGGAAGUGGAAGGACUUAGCCAUUCUGAUAAAGGUCCAAGGCUGUGUGGUAAGUUCCUUCAUUAGUUGAAAUGUAAAAUACCUUAACUUAAAAUUCCAAUGUUAAAUGGCUAGCUGCAACUAAUAUUGAAUUUCAUGCACUUAUCAUAUAGCCUGAUAAAUGUUUAAUUUAAUGGAAUGCGCUGCAUUCCAAAAGAAUGCAACGUUUCUGAACUGAACUGUAAGUUGAGACUCUUACUAACCCACCCCCUUCAACAACCCUUUGUCUACGGUGUUUAUUCAUUUUGUUUCUACACAUCUGUAACAGCUGUGCCAUGCACAUACACUCAUAUACGUUCUGAGAGUGCUUCAUUAGUACCUUGUCGUAUGCCAGAGGCUGGUACGAUCCCUGUGCGGUGUGGGUAGGUCAGCAUUUGAGUCUUUGUUUUGUUUGUUAGCGUUAACAGAGUACGUUGCUUUAGUAAGGAGUGAGUGGAAUCCUGCUUGCAUUCCACAAGAUAUGCAAAAACAAUGCAAUAACUUUGACUGUAAACAAGAAUAUUCAUAUGAGUUAUAAAAAAGAGAUAUUGUUGUACAUAAGAAGUGAUGAAGAGAAAACAUGGUCCCAUAGAUAUAAUAUAUUUACUUUUUUGUUUUGUUGGUUACAGCAUUAUUUUAAAUUGAGAAAGAAACCUGUUAUACUUGAAAUCAGGUGCAUUUCAGUAUAUGAUAAGAUGUAUCUAGUGCCAGAAGUGUUUGAUUGUUGAUUUCUAUCUAUUUUCUCUUUUUAUUAGUUGUCAUUAACGUUCCUGAAUUGAAAAACGACUAGCUGUACAUUAUUGCAUGAGUUUCAUUUUUAGCAUUUCAGUGUGCCAAGUUUUUAAAUUUGUUGAUGAUUUUUUAACAGGCAAAGUCCAGUAUCAUAAGGUCAAAGGGUAGCUAUUUCUAUAUCUUCUUUUUGUAAAUAUCAACUUUGGGUCUUUACAUAUUGCAGCUGUUGUGGCGGAUGGAGAGACAGGAGAGGAAUAUGCUUUGCGGAAAAGUGAUUUUGCAUAAUGUAUCUUGUGCUAAUUGCGGAGGCGCCACGCGGCUGUACUUCUGUCCAAAGCAGCCACUCUUUCUUAAUAUUGUCUUUCUUUAAAUGCCUUCAUGUCUUCUUGUCAUGGACAAAACUGAGCAGCCAUCCAAUGUCACAGAUUAAGCUCACUGCACGUACGACAGAGGGUAGGUGCUGACGGUCAUACCAAAAAAGGAACUAGCCCCGCCCCUUAUCGUCAAUACUGUCCAGGUGAGUUCACCUGUCACUCAACCCAACCUCAUUCCACAGGAGUUAUUUGAUACUAUUCUGUUGUGUUGGCCCUCAGCUGGAAAAUGGGCAUGUCAGUCGUUAUGACGGAUAGAAAAGGGUUGUUGAAGCUGAGGCCUGAAUUCUGUCUGACAUUUGAACUGCGCUGUCGUCAAAUCAAUGUGGAAACCUAACUGUGGAUCUCAUAUGGGACCUAGUGGCUUCUUAUACACGCACAGUCGGAUACUGCUUUUAGAUUUGGACUUGUUGAGACUUAGUAUGCAAGUUAGACUUAGUGACAUGGACAAUCCAUCUGACGAAUAGGGAUUUGUUUUUACUGACAGUAUGGAGUGUUUUGUCAAGGGACGUUUGUUACAGGAGAAGAUUUCAGAGAAUUUGUGUAUUAUUUGCACAGAUCUGAGCAUACCCCUGGCCUGGCUGGAAUGACGUCAUUUUACUGGUCAAUGAUUGUAUAUUUUUAUAUAAACAAAAUAGUAUUAUAGAUAGGUUUCAAAAUAGAAUACGUGACUCCUCUGAAUGUCAGGGGGUAAAGGAAAGAAUCAUAGUUGAGAAUGUACACAGUGAAAUGUCCAGAUAGUGCAACAAUAGUAUGACAUUGUUCUUGAACUGUACAACCUCGUCGGGUGACACUGAAUCGGAAUUAUUAUUUAGUUUAUAACAAAACUGUACAGCAUCAACUUGGGGUGUUGGGGAGUUUCAUUGAUAAAGGGGAGAAAAAUGUCACAGUGGAUUGAUUUAGGCAUCAAAGGGCUUUCUAAAGGAGAGUUAGGCUGCCUCACAAAUGACACCCUAUUUUGUAAAUAGUGCACUUCUUCUGACCGGAGACCUAUGUGAAGUGAUCAAAGGCAGUGCACCAUAUAGGGAACAGAAUGCAAUUUGGGACCUGACUUUAUUUAAUCUUUCCAUAUUUAUGACUGAGAUUAGGGCCA